CACACACACACUCCUGUCUGGUCUCAUUAAAGUUUCACUUUCCGCAAGAAGCCUUUCAUAGUCCUUAUCCUGAAACUGUCUUCACUUUCUGCAAGCAGCCUUUCCUAGUUCUUAUUCUGAAACUGUUUUGUUUGUAUAUUGUUAUUUGUUGUCUCCUCUUCCCACUUCCACCCUCCAACCCCUUGAGAUCAGGGACUGCUUCCCCCCCCCCCCCCCCCCUUUCUUUAUAUUGAAAGAACAUCACCCAGAGUCUUCAAGCAAAGUUCAACCAUCUUAUGGUUAGAAUUGCACCAGAGGGCCCCAAGAAUCUUCUAAUUUUGACAUUCUCUUAUUUAUUUAAUAAUCAUAUAUUAAGGGUCUGUUCUAUCAUCUAUGUGAUGGGCUAAAGGAAGUCCCAGAUCUGGGUCCAAGGAGCCUGCAGUCUAUGUGGGAAAUAGCUACUUUAUAUUCAUUUGUCAUCUCAUUUAAUUCUCACAUUUUUUGUGACAUGAUUAUAAAUAGUAUUAGCCCUAUUUUAUAGAUGUAGAAAUCCAGACUCAGUCAUUUCUGUGGCUAGUCAAUCAGUGGGCACAAAGCUUAUGCCAGGAGAUAUUCAAACCUAAGUCUCUGCUGACUGUCUCAUGUACACAGAUGGAGGAGCACUAUGAAAUCAAUUGAAAAAAAUUGCUUUCAACUGGGGUGGAUCAAAGGGAAAUAUAGAUUUACAGCUGGAAGGAAGCCCAGAGAGGUUAAAGACUAAGGUUGCUUCUGAAGUUCUUUCUGUCUUUAAAUCUAUGAUCCUAUAAUCCUAAUGGGUCACUUACCCCAGAAUUUGAAUUUAGAUCUCUAAUUUGAUUUAAAUCCAGUUUUGUUAUACUUUAUGCUAGAAAGCACUUGGAAGCCUUCUUUAAAAAGAUGGCAUUGAAGCUUUGUCUUUUUGUGGAAUAAUAGAUGCCCUGGUACUGCAGUCCAUAGCAGAAUGGAGAUUGAAUCUUCCUCUCAGUUCAUAGUCUUAUGUAUCAGCAACUGCUGUGUCAAUACUCCUUGGUGUUGAUGAGCUAUUUUUAAAAUAAUGUUCCUUCAGUGAACUGGAUGCAGAAGCAGUUUUCAACGCUGACCGAAGUGAUUUUCUACUUUUUGAUUCAACCCAAGGAGAUUGAAACAUUCCUAGCUAAACUGUCUGAUUUUGCUGCCACCAAUCAGAUCAGCCUUGGACCCUUAAAGAAUAUUGUGAAAAGCAUUCUCUUAGUGCCUAAUGGUGCCUUGAAGAAGAAUAUGACUGCUGAGCAGGUCAGAGCAGAUUUCAUUACUCUGGGGCUCAGUGAAGAGAAAGCCACUUAUUUUUCUGAGAAGUGGAAACAGAAAUCUUCCACACUUGCACGAUGGGCAAUAGGACAGACGUUGAUGAUCAACCAGCUUAUAGAUAUGGAAUGGAAAUUUGGAGUGACAUCAGGAAGCAGUGAACUACAGAAAGUGGGGAGUAUUUUUUUACAAUUGAAAUUGGUGGUUAAAAAAGGAAACCAGACUGAAAAUGUAUAUAUAGAAUUAACCCUGCCUCAGUUCUAUAACUUCCUGAGUGAGAUGGAACGUGUUCGAGCCAGCAUGGAGUGUUUCUGCUGAAGAUGAAGGAAGAAGGUUCAGAGGGAUAAAUUGUUUAUCCUUGUGGCCUGUUCUGUAACAGCUCGAGAGCUGUGGUGUUUUAAAGGAUCACAGUUCUAUAUGUACAAGGAAGGCCAAUACAAUUAUCACAAAAAUUCAUGAUUCAUGAAAGAACCACUCAUCACAUAGGCCAUGUCUCCAAUAUUUAAACCUUUGAGAGAGGGAGAAAGUAAGCCUAUUGGUGACACUCCUCCUUUCCCUACCUCUAGGACUCCCAUUUCUCAAAUUUCCAAGAUCAGCAGUCUAAUUACAGAACAGAGUUAACCUGAAAUUAGGCAGGGGAGGAUCUCACUGCUAGCAUCCUGAGAGCCAGAAUCUGAAACAAAAAAAUGAUGCAUUUACCAUGUAUAGUGGGGAUUCUCUCAUUUGAGACCCUAUUUUAAAGACUAUAUAUCUAUAUGUAAAUCCAAGAGCUCCUCUUUCAAAGAUUUCUGUUCUUUGCAGGCCUUGGCCCAGUCUCUUCUUUGGCAUCUGCCCAUCUGAGCCUUCUUAAGUCUUUUCCCCAGGCUGAGUGGCCACUGAACAGAAUUCUGCCUUAUUUAAGUGUUUAAUAAAAGGUUUGAAGAAGAGGCCUUGAUCCUCUUAUCUAUGUGUCCUGGAUUAAAGAUCUCUCCAUUUUCUAACAAUUUCGAGAGACAAGAAGAUUAAAAUUUGGGUUGGGACUGAACAGAGUGUGUUGAUGAGGAGUCCCUGUACUUCUACAGGCUAGGAGCAGGACCAAGGCAGAAGUGCUUUCAGGUUAAAGCCUUGAGGAAAAGAGGACCAUUGAUUUGGAGCCUCUUUCAAGUCUUUGGAGGCCAUCUGGUCUAACAUUCUCCUUUUAUAGAUGAGGAAACUGAGACCCACAGAUUUGCCUACCUCACACAAGUGGCAGAGCUGGAAUUUAAACUUAGGUCUUUCUACUCUAAAUUUAUCAUUCUGUAUCAUGUUGCUUUUUCCACAAGAAGUUGUAUAUACUUUACUGUUGACUUGAGACUUUAGUAUCCAGCUUAGUAUUUUAUUUUUCACUAAUUUCUGAUUAGAACAUUAAGAACUUGAAGGGGCCUUGGACUGCAGCAUGUCUAGGUAAGGGGGUGAACUUUCCAUAUCAUUUUAUCCAGUGUUUCUUAAUCUGGAAUUCAUGAACUUAAAUUUUUUUUUAUAUAACUAUUGUACUAUGCUUGAUUUUCUUUGGAAUUCUGUAUACCUUAUACAUUUUAAAACAUGCUGAGAAGGGUUUCAUGGUUCAAAAAAGGUUGAGGAUCCUUGAUCUAAUUUGACUACAGUAGAUUAGACAAUCCUAUUUUUUUGUUCUUUAUUUUAUGAGGAAAUGUACAUAUUGGUUGAUACUGGUUAAAUUAAUUGUAAUGUUUUUUACUUUAAAGAAAGUGUCUAAUCCACCACCUUCCCCCAUUUUACAGGUAAGGAAAUAGAUCUGGGGACAAAAUUGCCCUUGAAAGUAUGCACAGUGAAUUACGGGCUAACCCAAAUCCAGAUCUUCCAGUACUGCCCAUUGUUCUUUUUGCUGCCUAGAGUCACUGUUUAUGUUGCUUAUCUCUAGAGAUCUCACUCUUCAUGUGACAUUUUGAGAGUCAAAGUCCAAUCGGGAAUUGCAUUUUUCAUUUCUGGAGAUUUUAGUGUAUCUACUAUUGGCUAAACAAAGGCUUAAAGAGACUUAUGGACUAAGACUACUUCUACAUCAAAGGCCUAUUACAAUCUAGCCCAAGGAUGAAUUAAGUAUGGAUGAAUCAGAAGUACAUGAACUCAACUUUCCAAUAAAUACAUGUGGGCUUCAACAUGGAGAAAGGACAUACUCAGCCAAAGGCAUUGUAGGUUUCCCUUGAUUCUGCACUUUGCCAUCAUUGAGUUACUCAGGUAUUUUAGGUCAGUGUUACAAUUUUCACUCUGUCAUUCAUCUAACUCCCUUUGGUGCUCUUGCUUAAAUGUGAAUUUUCCUGAUUUUCCAAGUGGCGAUUUUUUUUUUUAACUUUGUUCUGGAUUUUCAGGGAGAGAACUAAAUGUGAUAUUAAGUGUUUUCUCAUUUCCCUUUCUUAGCUUCAUUUUCUUCAGCUGUUAAAUGAAAGUUGGGUUACAUGAACUCUUCCAAUUCCAUAAUUCAUGGUUUUCAGGCAUCUUUCAAUCCAGAUUCUUUUUUUUUUAAAGCCCAUUCCAGUUCAGAUUCCUUUUAAACCUUUCUUCUAGCACUCUGUGUCCUAAGGUUUUUUCUAUCUCUGACAUUCCAUGUUUUAUGGCUCCUUCUUAUUCUAUUUUCUGAAAUACUUCUUCAUUUUGAGGGUCUACUUCUUUAGAUUUCUUUCAAACUUUAAUUUAUGUUUUAAGAUCCUCUAGCUGAAUCUUAUGUGUUAAAGGCUCUUCCAGGUCUGAUAGUCUCUGUUCUGAAGUUCCUUUCAACUCUAGCAUUCUUGGAUUCUGUAAGUAGGAAAUAAUAUGUCUCCCCAUUCCACUUUUUUCUAGUUCAGUUUUCUAGUUCAGUUGCUACCUCAUGCCUAGGCUAGUUUUUUGUAAUUUUUUAAUUGGUUAUCUGUUUUCAAUAAUUCACAAUCCAUUUUACUAUGAUCAUCAUAUUACUCUUCCACAAACAUUGUUUUAAACACAUUUCCCUGUUCCACUCUUCGGAGAUCCCAAUUCUCCCAAAAUCAGUUCUUCCCCUUUGGAAUCCCUUGAGCUCAAAAGGUGAAUGCUAAUUGAUUUAAUCAUGCCCUGUUCUGUGCCAGGAAUGGACUCCUCCCCCCUUCCCCUACUGCUUUGCUUUAUUCAAAAUCUUGCUCCUAUCUCACCACAUAGGAAGAUCUCUGUAUUUUGAGCUUUCAUUGUGCUUACCUACUCUCCUCUCUAGCAGUAAUAGACUUCUUUGCACUAUUAUUGGUAUGUGUAACUUUGUCUUUGUAAUAAUAAAUAUCUGGUGGGUUAAGGAUUAUAACUUUUGUAUCCAUACCACCUAGUAAGUGUUCUUUUUGCAUAAUAGGUGUAUCAUCCCUGUCUGUUGAUAAUGGAUCUGAGGAUCUGACCCCAUAUUCCUCCCUAGCUACAAAGUAUGAAUCCAAUUAGACUUUGGUCAGCUAUUUGUCUUCAAGACAAAAAUUUAAGACUCAGAGACAUAUUUUAUUCUGAUAGCUUCUUCAGUUUUUAGCAUGGAAUGGAACAUGAAGUAGACCCUCAAUUAAAAUUUAUUGGUUGGCUGAUUAAUAAGAAUUGUGUUUCAGAGGAUGCUUAAAACCAUUCUUUUCAUUGAGUCAUUUACUGUCUAUGGGUCUCAGUUUUCUUAUUUGUUAAUUAAGAUGGUUUGAUUGGUUGCUUGAAUUUGCUGUAAGUUUCUGCUUCUACAAAUUUUUUGUCAACUAAAUAAAGUCAAACUCUUGAA